GCCACGCACUCUCCCCUUUUCGCACAGUCUCUCUCGCUAUCUUCACACUCGUCGUAUUCUCCGAUCUCUGUUUCUUCGCCUCCUCGCUUCUCUUCAGAUCUUCUCUCGCCGCGAUUGGUUUUCCGCCGCCGCCUCCGUCUUCCGCCGUCACCUUUUUGCUUUCGAGUUUUUUUCCCUGUAGGGUUCACUUGUGAAGGAUCGGAAGGGACUUCAGUGGAAUUAUUGCUAAUGGUUCAAAAGAAAGAAGAAAUGGAUGACUCUGGUCUUAAUGAUUGCAAAGUAGGAACGUUUUCAGUGUCAUCCCAAGAAAAGGGAAGGAAAAACAAGAGAAAAUUGGCUGAUCCUUCUCAACAAAAUGCUGCUAACCUUCCUGCUUCCAUGACUGAAUUCCCUAGAUAUGAAUUCCCCUCACUAAAAUUAACUCACAACCCUUUAACUGACCUCCUUUCGAUGGAGAAGCUUUCUAGUCAGUCUAAAGUCGAAGACUCUGAAUCUGUAGGAUGGGAUGACCCGCUUGCCUGUCAUCUUCAGGAACUAUUGUCAUCAAAUUUGGCCACUCUCUUCCAUAGUGCAAUAAAGCAGAUUGUAGAUUGUGGGUACAGGGAGGAUGUUGUUCUGAAAGCUAUUACAGGCAGUGGGCUCUACUGUGGGGGCAAUGACCUUGUGUCGAACCUUGUCAAUGAUACAGUGAACUUUAUGAAGAGCGGAAAGGAAGGUGCUGGUUGGAGAGACACUGUGUUUGAAGACUUAGAACAGCUUGUUGCCUAUACUUUGGUAGAGAUGAUAAAUCUUGUUAGGGAGAUUAGGCCAUCCUUAUCAACAGUCGAAGCAAUGUGGCAACUGUUGAUGUGUGACUUGAAUGUUUUGCUGGCGUGUGAAUUAGACGGAGAUGGAUUGGAGGGCUCCUCAGGUUUCAGUUUGUCUGAAUCUUCUGAAUCUCUAGGCGCUGAGUGUAAUACUCCAAAAUCCAGUGACCCAGAUAACCAGAAGCCUCCACCGUCCACUUCUCAUAACAAUCAGAGUGACUCCCUCAAAUUUGGAACUUUUCCAUAUCUUCCCAACCCAAAAAAUUCUCGUGCUAGUGGAAAAACACCAGGAAAAGAGAUAUUUUCUGGCAGCUCUGCUUCUGGUGAAGGCAUCAAAAGUGCCUCUCUGACUUCGAUCUCUGAUGAUAAAUUGGUAACUGGUAGAAAAGGCCGCACCAAAAAGGAAAUGGCCAUGCUUCGGCAGAAAUCAUGUGUAGAAAAGAUUAGGACUUAUAGCAAAGGCAGUGGGUAUAAGACAGCAAAGUUUGCAUCAGUUGGUAGCUUUCUUGUGGACAAAAGAGUCAAAUCAAAGAUGACAGCAGAGAUUGGGGUAAAAGUCCCUUUAUCUGACAGUGGCAACACUAUCUCAAAUAACAGUUCUAAGUCAGAUCCACCUGCCGGAGAUGCAAAAGGCUGUGUAACUGCGUUACCUGCUACCAGUGCUGAUUCCUCAACUCCACCACUGUCAACUUCAGAAAAGAAUUCCAGUUCUGAGUCUGAACAAAAUGCUUCUGUAUCCGUAAAGCCAGCCCAAGAUUACUACGCUGGGAUUCCAUAUGAUGCAUCUUUGGGGGGAUACGUCCCCCGGAAUAAAAAAGAUGAAUUGAUUUUAAAGCUAGUUCCCCGAGCAAAAGAAUUGCAGAAUGAACUGCAGAUUUGGACUGAAUGGGCUAAUAAAAAAGUGAAGGAAGCCACUAGUAGGCUCCUUAAGGACCAACCAGAGAUAAAGGCACUAAGGAAGGAGAAAGAAGAGGCAGAACAAUACAAAAGGGAGAAGCAGUUAGUGGAGGAAAACACUACGAAAAGGAUGUCUGAGAUGGAAUUUGCCUUGAACAACGCUACCAAACAGCUAGAGAAAGCGAACAAGACGGUACGCAGGCUCGAAGUGGAACAAACACUGCUAAAGAAAGAGAUGGAAGCAGCAAAGGUACGAGCCGUCGAAUCUGCAGAGAGCUGUAGGGAGGCAAAGGAAAGAGGACAAAAAGCGUUGAAGAAUGCUCAGGCGUGGGAAGGGCAAAAGGUUUUGUUGCAGGAAGAGCUCAAGGGUCAGAGAGGCAAGGUGGCGGAGCUGCAGCAGGAAGUUUCCAUGGCAAAAAGUCGGCGGUGUCAAAUUGAGGGUACAUGGAAACAAGAAAAGGCGGCGAAGGAGAAGCUUCUGGCUCAGGCUGCAGCCACAAAGAAGGAAAGAGAGCAAGUGGAAGCGUUUGGAAGCACGGAGGAAGAACGGAUCAAAAGGAAAGCGGAAAACGAUAUGAAAUACUAUGUGGAGAACAUCAAAAGGCUGGAGGGCGAGAUAUCGAGGCUGAAACUGAAAUCAGACUGCUUGAAAAUAGCCGAGCUGAAGAAGGGAAUCGACGGAAGCCAUGGUAGUAAAAGCGGAAGCUUAAACCCGGGAGAGAGUGGCGAGACGAACGCGUGGGAAAAUCUCGGGGAAACGAAGAUCAAGAGGGAAAGGGAAUGCGUGAUGUGUCUGUCGGAAGAGAUGACGGUAAUAUUCCUCCCGUGCGCUCACCAGGUUCUGUGUUCUAAAUGCAACCAGCUUCACGAGAAGGAAGGAAUGGAGGAUUGUCCAUCUUGCAGGGCGACGAUUCAGAGGAGGAUUCAUGCUCGUUUUGCCCGCGGGUAAAGCUUUUUUUUUUUUUUUACUGCGGUGAAUCCGCCAUUGAAACAACCUUGGAGAACCUCCUCCUCCUCCUCAGUGGUUUUUAUGGCAAUGAGGUCUUUGGUUUCUUUCUUUCUUUCUCCUCCCUUUGGAUUUUGCUUCCCAUCAAUGCCAAUGGUUGAUAGCUCUGAGAGGUGAAAAGACUCUCUUAUAUCUUAUACUGCUUACUAUAAUAAGAAUAAUAAUGUGGGAAAACGCCUUUGCGUACU